AACAAAACAAACCGAGAGGGAUUUUUGUUUAAUUUUCGCUUUUUAUUUGUUAAAAAUUAAAAUUUUUUGUUAAUUUUCAAAGAUACUAAACUCUAAUGGAGGAGGCGCAUGGUUAUUUUUUCAAAAAUGCAUCAAAAAUUCUUCUUUUUGCUCGUUUUUGUGCUUCAAAACUCCAUUGACUUCAGUCAAGUUCAGCAAAACAAAUGGAUAUCUUAUUGCGAAAAGGACCGUCAACUCUUCAAAUUCAUGAAAAACGCAACUUGCAACGAAAUUUUCCGCAAAUAUCAGUUCGGAGAAUCAAAUUUUGUGAAUACCUUCAACAGUCUCAUGGGAGAUCGCGAUAUCGAGUUUGUAUCGACACGCAAAGGGAAAAAAGUUGUCAUUAAGCGAUUGAUGGACUCGGAUGACGUUGAAAAUAUGGCAAAUGAAGUAAAUUUCAAUGACGUCGCUUCGUUGAAGAAAUAUUUUUUGGAUGAAAGUCGCGUUGGAGGAAGUUACGUUUGUCAUCCGGAGAAAACUAUCAAAAAAUUUUACGAAAAACUCCCAAAAGAUCUUCAAAAUGAAGAAUUAUUUUGGAUUUUGUUGAAUGUGAAUGCUCAACCUUUGAUUUUUCGUACUUUCAGUCGUCUUUGGGUGCCUCAGCAACUCGAACUCAUCGGAUUGACUUCAGUUACGGAGUUCAAAGGACAAUCGUUGAUGGAUUUCGUGAACGAUUCCUUCAAAACUCGUCUCAAAAUCGCCAAAUUGUUGCUUGAAGGUGUCUUGCAGCUCACAUCUGACCCGAUUUUGGAAGGAUUUCGCAUUUAUUUGACCGAUUUAACGUUGGAUAACAUCGUCUUCGCAUCAGAAACUGAAAAAAUUUCCUUUGUUGACCUCGAUAACGUGAUUUUAGUUGAUUCUCAUGCCUUUAAAGACCCAAAAACGCUUCAUGUUCAUGAAAAAUUCGAGUGUAACGGAUGUUUCGCAUAUUCAAUUGAGGAUGUUUGCAGCGCGCCAACGAGUGACAUCAAUAUUUUCGCCGUUUGUCAACUCCUUUUGGAAGAUUUGUACGAAAAUCGAAGCAAAGGAUUCCUGUUUUCAGCUGAAAAGGGAGAAACUUACCCCGAAAUAUGGCGGGAACUGCAAAAAUGUGUUUACUGUAAGCAACCAAACUGUGAUAGAUUUAAAAGUGCCUCAAUUUUAAUUGAAAUUUUUGAAAAUGUUCUUCGUGAAUUAUGAAAAAACUGUUUUUUAUUGAA